UCUGUGGCCUGUGGCUUCCGAGCCCGUAGCGCAGCUGUCGGUCGUCCCGGCUGAUCGUGUGGCAGUGCGGUUCGCAGGCUCUCGCCACCGGCCAGAACCCAGACCAGCGCCGCCAAGGCCGUCGGCUCCAAGCCUUCGCCAUGGACUUUGAGGACGAUUAUACACAUUCUGCUUGCAGAAAUACCUAUCAGGGCUUUAAUGGAAUGGAUCGUGAUUAUGGCCCUGGAUCUUAUGGAGGGAUGGAUCGUGACUAUGGCCAUGGAUCCUAUGGGGGUCAAAGAUCCAUGGACUCCUACCUAAACCAGUCAUAUGGCAUGGACAGUCACGGUGGUGGUGGUGGGGGUAACAGGUUUGGACCUUAUGAGUCUUACGACUCCAGGUCUUCUCUGGGUGGGCGAGAUCUGUACAGAUCUGGCUAUGGUUAUAAUGAACCCGAACAAAGCCGCUUCGGAGGUAGUUAUGGUGGUCGAUAUGAGAGCUCCUACCGGAAUAGCCUUGACUCUUUCGGAGGUAGAAACCAGGGCGGGUCUAGCUGGGAAGCACCUUACUCCCGUUCAAAAUUGAGGCCUGGGUUUAUGGAGGACAGAGGAAGAGAGAAUUACUCUUCCUACAGCAGUUUUUCUUCACCCCAUAUGAAGCCUGCGCCUGUAGGCUCUCGGGGGAGAGGAACGCCUGCUUAUCCUGAAAAUACGUUUGGAAGCAGAAACUAUGAUGCUUUUGGAGGACCAUCAACAGGCAGAGGCCGAGGCCGAGGACAUAUGGGAGAUUUUGGAAACGUUCAUAGACCUGGAAUUGUUAUUGACUAUCAAAACAAACCCACCAAUGUGGCAGUUGCUGCUGCAAGAGGAAUAAAGAGAAAAAUGAUACAGCCAUUUAAUAAGCCCGGUGGAACCUUUAUCAAGAAGCCCAAGCUAGCAAAACCUGUGGAGAAGACGAACCCCAGCAAAUCACCCACAAAAACUGAUUCUAAAAUGGAAGAAAAAGAAAAACGACGAAUUGAGGCUCGGCGAGAGAAACAGAGGCGCAGAAGAGAAAAAAAUAACGAGAAGUAUGGAGAUGGCUACAGAACGGCAUUCACAUGUUCAUUCUGUAAAUUUCGAACAUUUGAAGAAAAAGAUAUUGAACUGCAUCUGGAAAGUUCUUCACACCAGGCGACAUUAGAUCAUAUUCAGAAACAAACCAAAUUUGACAAAAUAGUUAUGGAUUUUUUGCAUGAAUGUAUGGUGAAUAAAUUUAAGAGAACAUCUAUCCGUAAACAACAGACGAAUAGUCUAACAGAAGCAGGCAAGAUAAUUGAUAAAGAUGCUAUGGAAGGUGUUACUGCAGAUGAUCACAUGAUGAAGGUAGAGACUAUUCACUGCAAUGCCUGCAGCGUGUAUAUCCCUGCUUUGCAUAGUUUAAUUCAACAACACUUAAAAUCUCCUGAUCAUAUCAAAGCAAAGCAGGCUUAUAAGGAACAAAUAAAAAGAGAGAGUGUCUUGACUGCUACAAGCAUUUUAAAUAAUCCAAUUGUGAAAGCGCGAUAUGAACGUUUUGUUAAGGGUGAGAAUCCUUUCGAAAUGCAAGAUCAUUCUCAGGAUCAGCUAAUAGAAGGAGAUGAGGAAGAAGAAGAAAAGAUCGAUGAAGCUAUUGAAGAAGAGGAUGAUGAAGACGAGGAAGAAGAAGAAGAAGUGGAGGAAGUAGAGGAAGUGGAAGAAGCAGAGGAAGUUGGAGGAGUAGAAGGAGGGAGGGAUGUAGUGGGAGUGGGGGAGGUAGGGGGAGCUGAGGAAAUAGGGGGAGCUGGGGAAGAUGGGGCAGUUGAGGAAGCAGGGGGAACUGGAGAGGUAGAGGAAGCUGCUGGGGAAGUAGAGGGAGCUGCUGGGGAAGUAGGGGGAGCAGGAGAAGUAGGGGAAGUAGAGGCAGUGAGGGAAAUAGAAGAAGCAGCGAAGGAAGAGCCUGUCAACUUCUCUGUUGACCAGCCUGAAGAAAAUUAAUUAGAUUUAAAUGGAGCUUUAAGUUUCUUUUGUGUUCUAAUGUGGAAAAGAGUUAAGAAUUUUAAUAGCUUAAAAUGAGUCAACACCCAUGUUGCAUGCCUUCCACACAUUAAAAUUUGUUUUAUAUAAUUUCUAAAUGUUUGGCAUUUGUUUAAUAAGAUAAAGGUAGGACAGUUUUAGUUUGAUUUUUAUAGCUACAAAACUUAGAUCUGAAUAAUUGUUUAUAUAAUUUUUAAGCUUAAUUUUGAUUAUUGCUGUUAAGGAUAACGUGUAUUGUUAGUAUAUCUAUUCUAAUCAUUUGAACUUAAAUGCUGCUCUUGGGAGUAAAUAUUCAAGUGUGCAUUGAUUUUUUUCAAUACUUAGAUAAAUUGGGCAAGUGUUUUGUGCUCUGAGUGUGUAUUUUUUUACCGCGUUGGACAUUGAAUAGUAAUUUGCGUUAAGAUACGCUUAAAGGCUUUUUGUGACCAUGUUUCCCUUUGUAGCAAUAAAAUGUUUUUUAUAAAAACUUUCUUCCCGGAUUAGCAAUUUUAAAUGAAACAAGUUCAACAAUUGAAUGAGUAUUAAAAAGAAUUAUUUCUCUCUUCUGUCUUAGUUUUAUGGCUCAUAUGCUUACAUACUCAGAAGAGAAAUGAGAUUGAUAGAUGGUCUUCUCUUAAGUCAUUUAUAUUCAGAUGACCAUCCAGCUAUGUCACUGAAAAGCAGUGCUUUUAUUUCUUUAAAUCUUUACUCUGGCUGAGGUGUGGUUGACCUUUUGAGAGGAAGACUUAAAAUUUUUAUUGUGCUUUAGAUGAAAGUUUAUAAAUCAAGUCAGUCUCUCCUCCAAAAAUUUAUAUACACCUUUUGCUAUGUACUACUAGUUGCUCUCCCCCUAGCGAGACAGCACACCCGUUCCGUCCACUGUCUAUUUUCGUGUCCAUUUGGCUAGCUUCUGACCCCCUCUGCCCUCUCAUUUCCCAUCCAGGCAGGAGCUGCCCACGUACUCUCACGUGUCUACUUGAUCCAAGAGUGUCACUCUUCACCAGUAUCAUUUUCUGUCCCAUAGCCCAGUCCAAUCCCUGUCUGAAGAGUUGGCUUUGGGAAUGGUUCCUGUCUUGGGCUAACAUAAGGUCUGGGGACCAUGACCUCCGGAGUCCUUCUAGUCUCAGUCAGACCGUUAAGUCUGGUCUUUUUAGGAGAAUUUGAAGUCUGCAUUCCCACUGCUGUCCUGCUGAGAGGGAGACCGUUCUAAUGAAAAUUAGCUUCUUAAAAAUUUGGAUCAAUAUAUGGCUAUAUUAAGUAAUUUUAAGGCAUUAAAUGGAUGAAUGAAUGUAUAGGCAUUUUUAGAAUGUCAAAGAUAAUUUCUCUUUUUGCAUACAAGACUUAAAACUAGUUUUUCAAGUCUAAUAAGGGUAUUGUGGUUGGCUAGGUUUGUUUUAAACUGAGAAAAUCCAGUAGGCACUUAUAUUCAGUUAUAGGAAUUUGGAGCCAAAACGAACAAGGUUUGUUGAAGACUGGAGACAUUUGGAUCCUAUCUAAGAGUCUCUGUUAAACAAGCUUCAAGAAGUCUUUUUGCUCAGGAGGUUCAAAUUUUAAGGAUAAAAGGACUUGAUCAGCCCUCUUGUUUCCGCCUUUAUUUUAAAAUAUUUGUGGAAGGGCUAAGGUAAAAAGUAACAGAUUCCUUUGGGUUAGAAGGGAGCUCCGGUGAUACAGUGGUUAAAGCACUCAGCUGCCAACCAAAAGGUCAGUGGUUUGAACCCACCAGCUGCUCUGUGACUCUUGUAAAUAUUUAUAGCCUUAGAAACCUUAUGGGACAGUUCUACUCUGUCCUGUAGGGUCACUUUGAGUCGAAAUUGACUUGACAACAGUGGGUUUGGUUUGGUUUUGGUUGGGUUAGAAUUAGAAUUUGGUUAUUUUGACACUAAGUAGAGUUUUUUUUUUUUUUUAAGUGAUAAUCUGUUUAAGAUGCUAAAAUUUUGGAAGGAAUCCUGUGUAACAAUCUGUAACAACUUUGAGUAAAUGUUUUAGAAUGAGAGAGGAAAGAACAUUUAAAUAGUAACUUUUCGUGGAUUCUUCUUUCAGGGUCUAUAAAAACAGAAGUAAAACCUUUUAUACCUUUGACUAGUAAAGUGUAUUUUCUUGUAUAUCUUGCUGGAUAAUUUGCAGGUGGACAGUUUAGUUUGCAGGCAGAUUAAUUUUUGUGAUCCUUCGUGUUUAUAUUCUCAAUCUUUUGUAAUAAAUAAGGACUUAUGUAAGAUCUUCAAGAGCCUUCAGCUUGUUUUAUCCGAGUAUUAUUUAUUUCUUAAAAAGCUAAACAUAUAGUUCUGAUAAGCCCAAAAAAUGAAUUUACAACCUAUCCGUUGCCUUUAAAUUUAUUCCGACUCAUGGCGACCCCAGUGUGUCAGAGUAGAAUUGUGUUCUGGAAGGUUUUCAAUGGCUAAUUAUUUGGAAGUACAUUGCUAGGCCUUGCUUCCAAGGCAUCUCUGAGUGGACUCGAACCUCCAGUCUUAAAGUUAACAGUUGAUUGUGAAUGACUAGGGGCUGUCCUAUAUUCUUCUCUUUUUAUUACCCCCUUCCUCUAAUCUAUCCGAGCCUGUCUAUUUUGCUUCCAACAUUUAUCUGUCCACUGUUCCCACCUUUGCUCUACCAGCCCAGUCCAAGUUACUCUCAUCUUUUUCCUGGACUAUUGAAGUAAGUUAUUAACUAAUUUUGUAUUAACUGUCAAGCUGUUAGACUCAGUUUUCCAAGCAAAAAUUUUUAAAAAUAUAUUUCAAAUAAUGCUGUUCUCCUGCUUAAAACCCUUCAUUGGCUUCCCUUUUACCUGUAAACUUUACGGAUGAGCCUGGCCUAGUUUUCCUACUUUAUAUCGUGUUGUUCUUUCUACCAACCAUGCUGUCAGUUUUUUGACAAAGUUAUUCUGUACCCAGAUCUUUGCAUUUUCUCUAGCAUAUACCUAUCAGCUUUCUUUGUUCAACUCUUCUAUCCUUCAGAUCACGUUAAAUGUUAGAAAAAGCUUUUCUGUGGAAACUUUAAGAAGUAGUUCUUAAAUUUGUAUACAAGUGAGGAUUUAGAGUCACCAUCCCAAACUUAUGGAAACCCUGGUGGCAUAGUGGUUAAGUGCUAUGGCUGCUAACCAAAGGGUCGGCAGUUCGAAUCCACCAGGCGCUCCUUGGAAACUCUAUGGGGCAGUUCUGCUCUGUCCUGUAGGGUCGCUGUGAGUCAGAAUCGACUCGACGGCACUGGGUGGUUUUACCCCAAACUUACUAGAUCAGACUCUUUGGAGGUAGUGUAUUUUCUUUUUAAUUAAUUUUUGGGGAGAUGGUGUAUUUUUAACAAGUACCCCAGGUACUUUUGAUGGUAGUGGUCAGUGAUUAGAACACUGGUGGCACAAUGGUUAAGGGCUCAGCACUAAUCAAAAGGUCGGCAGUUUAGCUCCAUCAGCCUCUCUUUGGUAACCCUACGGGACAAGUUACACUCUGUCCUCUGAGGUCGCUAUGAGUCGGAAUCGACUCAAUAGCCAGUGGGUUUGGUUUUUGUGGUUGGUCAGUGAUUGCACUUUGAGAGCAUUGUGCUAGGGCCCUCAAAGUUCUAGUGCCUCCAACUCCCAUAUCAAAGUAAGAGCUUCUGCCCUUUUGAAAUCAGGCAUAGGUUUGGGAGAUUCUCCAUAAUGUUUUACUAAAGCAUUAGAAUAACAUCCAACAGGCGCCUCUGGAAGUCAAAAAACUGGGCCUUUUUUUAAAAACCCAUUAGAUAUUUAAUUCUGCAACCAUAUUUGUGAAGUCAUAAUAGCAGUAAUAGUAGUUUACCCAUAUAACAAUCCUUUUUGUCAUUCCCCUGCUUGAACUUCAUCGGCUCUCCAUACUAAUCAGGAUAAUGUCCAUAUGCUUUUAGUGUAGCGUAUGUGGCUUUAUGUGUUUUUUUCAUGCCUACUUAUCCAGUCUUUAACUCAUCAGUCUUGACAUGUUGAUCUUAACUGCCUGGCCCUGUGGUCAUUUGACUUUAUGAUCCCCGCUGCAAGAAAGAGUGGUUCCUAGAGCUGUAUGGUUUGACUGGAUUUUAAAUAUUAUAUUUAUUAUAUAUUUUAUAAUAUAUAAUAUACCUGUUCUAAGAAUAAGGUAAAAAAAAAAAAUGUCCAGAGAAAUUUGUGUAUCAAAAGUCAUGGCCAUAUAGAAAAAAGAGCUGCAAAGGCAGAUGUUGGUAGCGCAUGUUGAAACAUACAUGAGAAUUCUGUUUUUGUUUUUGGCAAGAUUGUCUUUAUUGUAGAGGUAGAUACUAUCAGGUUAUCUUAGGCUUGUGUUAUUUAACAUUUGAAUUACCUACCAAAUUUUUCUUAGUUUGAAUACACUCAAACUUGUGAUUAUAGUUUGGUAUCCAUUGUAGUUCUGCUGAUGGAUAAAAAAUAGAAUAGUCAUGCUGGCAGAAGUGUUGCAGUCCGUGUGACAGUUACAAUUCAUAUUAUGAAUUAACAGUUUGACUUUCUUAUUUGGUAGUUAUAGUUCAUUGAGCCAAGGUAAGCUGAUCCUGCCCUGGUAAUAGCUGGACCCCUAUUUGGCAUGAAGGCAAAAUUAGGGAGCCUGCAAGGCUAGAGGGCAAAUUCUUGGCAGUUGUAGAUUCAAUAGUCACCCAUACCCUGUGAGGCCUCCUGGGAAACAGCCAUACUAGUCUCUUAAUACUUUCCCUUCCCCUGAUGUUCUGAGUUUUUGUUUGUUUGUUUUUUUCUUUAAAAUAAUUUAAAAAAUUGUACUUGAAGGGUAGGAAUGAAGUGGUGUUGAUGACAGUGGGAGUCAUUCUGUUCAGCUGGAGGUGCUUGAACAGGGAAGUGUGAAAUAGCAUGGAGUGUGGAGGGGAACUGCGGGCAGCUUAGCUCUUAUUUAAAAUGAGUAGAAGAUAUGAAUCAGAGAGUUUCAAAUCAAGGUGACAUAGUGGUUUCAAGUCAUUAUCUUCUAAAACUCUUAAAAUUAUAGAAGAAUUAGAAUGAUAAAGUACAGGGAGUAAGAUAAAUUCACAACCACGCUAGGACAACAAGGGUGCUAUGAAGCAUUUCUAGAAAAUAUAAAACAAGGAAUCAGAUCUUGGUGAAACCAGGAAUUCUAUCUUCAGUUCACAGCUACGUGCGGAUGAAAACUAAGGAUUUGCCCCCAUUUUCAGAUGCAGCUUUAAGAGGGAGGCCGCCUGGGUAGUGAAAUGGUUAAGUGCUUAGCUACCAACCGAAAGGUUAGCAGUUCGAGUCCGCUCAGAGGUGCCUUGUAAGAAAGGUCACAGCCAUUGAAAACCCUAUGGAACAGUAUUACUGUGACACACAUGGAAUUGCGAUGAGUCAGAACCUACCUGAAGGCAACUGAUAAUAAGCAGAGAUAGGCUGUAAUGUGGUACGUGAGAUUUUUAAAGGACCAUUUAAUGAUCUGCUGGUCCGUAGAUUCCUCCAGGCUAAAGCCAAGGUACAGCUUUCUGUUUCCCAAACAGUGUGAUACUUCUGAUAUGGUAGUCUCCCAGAGCAUAUAUGUAGGGGCCAUAGAAGUAUGGUAGUGCCCCAGAUGUUUCGUGGAUACCGCAAGGGUCUGUGAUUUCCCACAUUAAGAAGACAGGCAAAAAACAAACAAAAAAGUGACCCUGGCUAUUUUCCAUUUUUCUUACUGACUGCUCCUCUCCAUUCCUCACACAACUGAAAUGUUAGAUUCCCUCUAAUCAAAAUCUGCCUGGGAAAGGGAAUUUUUUACUCAAGCUGAGAAAAUAAACUUCAAGUAACAAUACUGAAAAAUCUAGAGGUUGGCAAACUACCAUCUGCAGGCCUCCCAGACCUUUUUUUUUUUUUCUUAAUGGAUUUUAUAUUUUUAAAGGGUUACGGAAAACAAACUAUGUGACCAUAUGUAGACUUCAGAAUCAAAAAUACUCCCUGGCCCUUUACAAAAAAAGUUUGUCAACCCUCAGGCCCUCAUUUGCAAAUAAUAUACAAACAAUGAAGUAACAAAACAUUUGAGGAGAAGAAGACGAUGAAAGGCAGCAAAUUUAACAAGCAGAAAUAAUUCAUGGGGAAACGAGAAAAAGGUAUGAUUAGUAUUUUGUGUAAUCCUUAUGACUUAUUACAUGUCAUUUUAAGACAUUUGAAAGGAUAUUGCACUAAUUAAAACAUGCAAACUGAAGAACGUCUUGGAAAUAAAUAGUUGCUAAAGUGAAAAUAUUGUAGACUAAUUAGUUGAAUAAACAUGACUGAAAAUCAAAUUAUUGAGCUAGAAUUUUGAGCUGAGGAAUACUCCCAGAAUCUUUCACAAAAGGUCAAAGAGCUGGAAGUUACAGGAAAAAGUUACGAGGCAGAAGAUCCAGGAGAUUCCAUCCAUUUAAAAGGAAACUUGGUGAGAUUCAGAGCCAUAAGCAUAGAGAAUUCACCUUUGAAUACCCUGCAUAUAUCACAAUGCCAGGCACAUUAUAAGUGCUCAAUGAAUAUUUUUGAGUGAGUGAGCUUCAAAAGGUCAGAACAGAAAAAAAUGAAAUAAUAGAAAAAUUCUUCUAAUGAAUGACUUCAUAUUGAAGUGCCCAACGUGCUGUGCAGAAACAAUGAAAAAGGAGACAUACACUUGGAUAAAUU